GCCUCCUCAGGGACAACCAGCGCCCAGCGGCAGUCUAGCACCAGCAACGAGCAAACGAUGGGAACCGUCGGCGGCGGCGGCAAGAGCGGCACAGUGAAGCAGCUCAACGUGGGGGGCAAGCUCUUCUCGCUGGAGGCAAGCUCCCUUUCCCUCUCCCUGUCUCUCGAUUCCCCUUCCCCCACCCCAACCUUCGUGGACCGCGACCCAGCCCUCCUAUCCGCCGUCCUCGCCGCCAUCCGCGCCCCGUCCUCCGCCGCGCCCGCCUUCCCCGCGCGCGUCCUCCUCGACGAGGCCCACUUCUACGGCCUCCACGCGCAGCUCCUCGCUGCGCUCUCUCCGCCGCCGCUCCGCGGCUUCUCCGUCUCCCUCGCCUCCACCCUCUCCCCCGCCUCCGAGCCGUUCCCCACCGCCUUCGCGCCGCACCACGACGGGUCCCUCUGCCUUGCCCACGGCGCCGGGCAGGUCACCUAUUACUCCCCGGCGCUGGAUCACCUCUCCACCUUCCGGACCCACCUCCACCGGAUCACCUCACUCCAGCAACUGCCCCCCGGCCUUGUCGUCCUCGGGUCCGCCUCCGCUCCAGGGCUGCACGUGUACGACUACCUCGAAGGCCGGCAUGUCGCCUCCGUUCAGUGGUCGGAUCCCACUGACACUCGCUGCAGCAAGGCGAAGGUCGUCGCCAUUGCUGCCUGUCCUGCUGAUGCUGCCGAUAAGAAUUCACCCAUCUUGGCAACAUUUGAGUGCCCUCAUCGGGAGAACUGCAUCCUGGUGGUUGACCCUGUAACACUGAAGCCAAUGCAGGAGAUUGGCCGGCAGAGUGGUAGUGCGGCAAAGUCAUCGACACCAUGUCGAGUGGUGCACCUGCCGGCACCUGGGCUGGUGUUUGCAUCAUUUGUGAGUUCUGGGGCAUUCGGCUACUCUGGCUACAUGAGGCUGUGGGAUAUUCGGUCUGGGAAUGUGGUGUGGGAGACAAGCGAACCAGGGGGAGCUGGAAGAAGCAGUAGGUUUGGGGAUCCAUUUGCAGAUGCAGAUGUGGAUGUCAAGCAGCAGGCAAUUUACAAGGUUUGUUCAAAAUCAGGAGAUGUUGCAGUGGCAGACCUGAGAUCCCUUGGUAACGACCCUUGGGCGUAUAUGUCAUCAGGACCAAGAGGGAGUGGAGGAGGCUAUGGCAGUGUUCUGCAUUGCCAUCAGUCUCAAGUAUUUGUCAGUCGGAAGGAUGGACUGGAGGUUUGGUCCCGAUUGGGAGAACAGCUUCACGACACAGGCGACUUCGCAGAGCAAUCAGGAACAAAGGAAGGACCCAGAAGUGAAGGAAUCGAUGAAAGCUUUUAUAGGAGUUGCUAUGUGGACACGGAAGAGGACGCUAAACGUGGAAUGAUACAGAUGAUGGCAGGGGGUGGAGAUCGCUUGUUUCUGACAAGAGAAAAUAUGCAAGGUGUGGAAGUGUGGGAGACGUCCCACCUUGCUGGUGCUGUUUCUCUCUGAUAGCAGUCUCCUCUUGUGGACACGGAGUGACUGCUCAGUAGGUCUACCAAGAGAAUUGAAAGUGCACUUGCCAAACAUGAUGCCAUUCUUGUUCUUGGUUCAUGGCUUCAUGCACAAUUCGGUACUGAAAAUAUGGUCCUUUGUAGUCGGCCUCACGAGAUAUAUUAUGUAUAGUCACAUGUCGUGCUUCAGCAGAUGCAUUUCGUGGCAAAUGCAUGAAAUUGAAAGAAGUAACCUUCUUGGAUGUAAAACUUCCUUUUUAGUCUCUUAGCACAAGAUCUUACCUUUUACAGUAUCAAUUGUCAAAAAGUCAUAGCAUCCUCGAUUUAGUGCCAUAUGUUUACGUAUUACUAAAUUUGUAAUUAUCCUACCACAGCAUCCUGGGCUGAGAGCAUGAUACCAACUUGCUAUUAGAAUGAUU